UUUUUAAUUUUGACCUCUUCGAUGUACAAACUAAAUCCAAUUUAGUAUCCAUAAUCAGUAAUCACCCUCAAAAUUAAAAAUUGAAGUAUUUUUUCAACAACUUAUUGCUUGUGUAUACACUAUACAUACACGAAAAAAAUUAAAAAACCACACAUUAUUAUAAAAUUAAUACAUUCGUCACACAUUCACACCACUCAGCAGGUAUCUAAAACAUAUCAUGAAAUACCAUUCCUACUUCCUAGUAAGUAAUAGAUGGAAUAUUUCCGCUCAAAAUCAAUUUCGUGCACAAUUAUAUUAUCAUUAAAUUCAAACUUAACACAGUAAUAUGUUACAAUAUUACCAGCAUCCAAAAGGUUUUACUCUGGAAGUCAGGAACUAAUUAAAUAAUAAUUGUUUGACAAAGAUUUAGAAAUGUAGUAUUAUUUAUUGUGGUAUUAAAAAUACGACAAUUAUUGCUAAGUUAAAAGCUAAAAUUAUUGACUACGCCCUACAGCAUCAUCUAUUGAACUAUAAUCGAAAAAUAUGGAAAUAAAAGUAUUGUCGUAGAUCGAUAUUAUAAUGCUACUGUUGCUAUAUAGGUACCUAUAUUAUACUUGUAAUAUAUUAAUUAUAUAUUUACUUGUACCUAUAUUAAAUAGAAAUGAUAGAUAAAACACUUCUAUUUCUAAAUAAGCAACCCUAACACAAUUAGGUAUAUAACUGCAGUGAAUGUGCAAUCAUAAAAAGACAAACCAAUUUUUGAUAUUAUCUUAAUAGGAUAUAAGUACCUUAUUGCUUUAUUGUAUUAUAAAUUUAUAAUAUUAUUAUAACGGAAUUACAGACUUACAGUCAUAGAUUUGGAUAUGUAUUUUUAAGUUCACUGCAGGUUUAUGGUGUACAGGACAGUCAAUUGAAAUAGGUAACUAAUAAAGGAAAUAAUUCUGUGUAUAUAAUAUUAUAAUAACUAGGUAUAUUAUACAAAUCAAAUGGGAUGCGUAAAAUAUCUCUAUGGAGAAUAUAAUAUAAUAUAGUUGUAGGUGCUGCUAAGUAUAUUUAUAAAACGCUGUGAGCGGCGUUUGUAAUAAUUUUUUCCUAUAGUUUAGAAGCCAACUGGAGAAAUAAAGUUACAAUGUAAGAAGGGUUGGGCUUCAUGGAGGUUUAAUAAUAGAUCUCCAUUUCUCACCAAAUAGUAUAUAAUAUAGUUAUUUUAAAACCGUUCUACUUCUACACCGUCUACAGUUCGUUUACUUGUGUCUUUGAGAGCAUAUCGAAAACCAAACGACACUAAUACUGUGAAAUAGAUAUAUCUACGCCGACCCGCUAAGUUCGACAAUACGGAAUGCUAAAAUGGUGAUAUUCAACGUAGAAUACAUUCCAGAAUAUAAAUGGAUAAUGCUCGAGUCAAAUUCCAAUAGUAACAGCAAAACCAAUAAAGAAAUAAGAGCUUUAGAAUGUAAACCCCAAAAUAACAUUCCAAAUCAAUAUCAUCAUACUAUUAAAACCGAUUUUCAAUCAAUAUUUUAUUUAAUCAACUUAGUAGAAAAAAUGAUAAAAUACAAUAACAAAUAUUAUGAAAGAAUUGAAAAAAGAAGAAAACAACAAAUUAUUGAACUACAAGGGUUAACUAUGUUUUUGCAAGAUAUUUGUAAUGAUCUAAAAGAUGUUUAGAAUUUUAAUUUAUAGUUGUACAAAUGAAAUAGAUUCCAUAAAAGAUUUAAUGUUGUGUUAAAAAUACUUUAAAU